GUCUAGGAUUUGAAUACACGUUUUGUUUGGAUUAAUAUCACUCUAUACUUUCUACUCUCUUACUUACUAUAUAUCGAACCAACAAAGGAAGAACAGAAAGGUCAUUCUCUGAGUGUUACUGGCUCUUCUUCAUCAUAAAAAUCUGUAUUAAAUCGCCAACUGUGUUUCCAAAAGGCCUGUUAAGCAUGAACUUACCAGCUUCUGAAUAUAGUAAUGGAUGUGCGUCUGGAUGGACUAGGUAUUUGGAUCCAUUUUCAAGUUCUGCAGAUCAAUGCAACAGAAGUUUGCCAUUUAAUGAUUAUUCUCUAGGCAAAGGGGCAUACCUGUAUGAGGAUGAAGAAGAUGAAGAUUUGUCCAUGCUGUCAGAUGCAUCGUCUGGACCUCCACAUAUCCAUCAGGAUGAAGACAGCUUUGAAGAGACCAGAUAUGCUAGCGGUAUUUCAGUUUCAGAACCAAAAAAGAGCAAGCAUAAAAAGAAAGCAAAACAGCAGGGGAAGAAGCAACAGAAUCCUCAUCUCGAUGAUACUGCUAGCUCCCCAGUACUGAGCUUCUCGAAGGCUUCUCAUGGGACUUUCUUUGAGAACAAUGCAGCUCUUAAUUAUAACGACAACUAUUCGACGGAGCAUGAUUCAUGCUUGUCUCAAGGCUUUUCUGCAACACAUUUCAAGGGCAAAUCUGUUCUGAGCAAGCACUUUGGAUUUUUUAAGCCAUCUAUAACUGAAAAAGAUGAUUAAGAAGAAUCCAGAGAUUCUAAAGGAAGGAGGAGGCAAAGUAUGUUUUCUGUAUGUGAAGCAAGAGUUACCAAGGGAGAAUUUCUCCGUGUAAAAGUAAAAGACAGAAUAUAUCUGCAGAUCUUGUAUUUACCCACCUUUAUUUACUCUUCUUUUCGUUAUUUCUUCCUGUCUAUGCAGUGGGAAACAACCUCAGAACAUAAAUGUCAAUAGUAGUUUUUCUUUCUA